GAAGGAUAGAGUAGAAUGUGGCUUGUGCAAUUACUAUAAGAUAGCCUCAAUUUCCCUCCAAACGAUGACUUCUUCUCAGUAUCAACGAACAACAUCAACAUACUUCACAAACAUUCAGCCUCAAAAAAUUCCAACCCAAACAGCAAAGCCAUCAAUAUGAAGGCCUCAUUCACCACCCUCUUCAUCCUCAGCGGCCUCAUCGCCAGCUGUGUGGCCACUCCAGCUAUGAGCGUUGAGAGACGUCAAGCCUCUUUGGUGUGUGCUACUGGCACUCCUAACUGCUGCGACGUCGAUGUUCUCGGUGUUGCCGAUCUUGACUGUGCAGUCCCACCAACCGUUCCCACCAGCGUAGAUGAUUUCACCUCAAUCUGCGCCGCCAUUGGCAAGAUUGACAUGUGCUGCACUAUCGAUAUCCUCAACCAAGGUCUCCUCUGCAGCCACCCCAUCUAAACGACUUUAAACGAAAACUGUCAUCGUCUGGGACGAUUCGAACAGGCUCUGAUGCACACACCCCAACCGUCCUUACCAUGUUGUACUUGUGCUGUAUUGGGGAUGUUGAUUACCGGCCCAUGUCUAUCUGUACGAUACUGUGUCAGGAUAUCAGUUCUGCCUUUAUUUUGUUUUUAGACAAUGGUCGGUUUCCAGGAGUUGGGGAUGAUGGAAAAUCUAGGCAACAUUAGCAGUAGUGUAUCAACUAUAUCUCUUUUGGAUUGGGAAUUCUACUUUUGGGGAAACAAUGCGAUAAAACAUUCUUUCCUUGGAUGACGC